AUGUCGGUCCAGACAGAGUGGGAGGCCGCCAUGGACGAGUACGACACCUCCCUGGGGGUGGCGUACGAGGCCGAGCACGUCCUCGAGCGGGCCUUGCGGGACUGGAACCUGGCGGUCGUGGCUCUUCGCCAAGCUGCCUUCGAUGCUCCUGAGGUGGAGGACGCCGCGUUCGCCCAGGUGCGGGUGCGCGGGGCUGCGAAGGAUGCGGCCAAAGCAGCCCUCGAGGAAGCGGUGGUCGCCCGGAACUGGCGCUACGAGCUUCUCCAGGCGGCCGAGGCGGCGCGGGACACCGAGCAGGUCCAGUGGCAGGCCGACGUGGCAGCAAGCGAGUCGAGCGGGGCAGGAGGGUAG